CAAGUCUUCCAAGUUUCAGAUAAGAAUACAUGCCCCUCAGCUUCUUCCUCUGGUUCUGCUUUCAUAUAUAGCUGAAACGCUGAGAUUUCAACAGCACAUCAAGGUAUAUAUAGUUAACAAUGGAAGUGAGCAACAGGUACAUUACAAUAAAGACUCAUGUUGAUGGUGCACCAAAGGAGUCCCACUUUGAGCUCAAGGCCGCAGCUCUUCUUCUUUCAGUUGAGCCUGGGUGCAGUGAUGUCAUAGUCAAGAAUCUCUACGUAUCUAUUGACCCAUACCAGAUAAACCGCAUGAAGAGCCAAAGUCCGUCUCAGAAAGCCAUCAAUUUUGCAGUUGGUAUAACCCCCGGCGAGGUUAUUGAUGCUUAUGGUGUGGCAAAAGUUGUGGCCUCUGGGAAUCCCAGGUUUGAGAAGGAUGACUUGGUGGUUGGCCUAAUCACUUGGGGAGACUAUAGUGUACUAAAAGAAGGAAGCAUGUUAAAUAAAUUGGACACCAUGGGAUUUCCACUGACUUACCAUGUGGGAAUUCUAGGGCUUAGUGGAUUGACAGCCUAUUGUGGAUUUUUUGAGGUAUGCAAGCCCAAGAAGGGGGAGAAAGUGUUUGUAUCAGCAGCUUCUGGAUCGGUAGGAAAUUUGGUUGGACAGUAUGCCAAACUGUUUGGUUGCCAUGUUGUUGGCUGUGCUGGAAGCAAGCAAAAGGUAGAGUUGCUCAAAGAAAAGCUUGGAUUUGAUGAUGCAUUCAACUACAAAGAAGAAACUGAUUUGAAGUCAGCUUUGAAAAGGUACUUCCCAGAAGGAAUUGACAUAUACUUCGACAAUGUGGGGGCUGAGAUGCAGGAAGCAGCAGUUGCCAACAUGAAUACCUUCGGCAGAGUUGCUGUUUGUGGGGUUAUCUCUGAAUACACUGAUGCUGGAAAACGAGCUGCUCCAGAUAUGCUGGAUGUUGUGUACAAGCGAAUCACAAUCCGAGGAUUUUUGGCAGCUGAUUUUAUGAAUGUAUAUGCAGAUUGUAUAUCAACGACCUCGGAUCACCUUCGUACGGGUAAUAUGCAGGCACUUGAAGACAUAACACCCGGUUUGGAGAACAUCCCCUCUGCUUUCAUUGGACUCUUUCGGGGUGACAACAUUGGAAAGAAAGUUGUUAAGAUUGCAGAGGAGUGAAUGGGAAGAAAAAAAAGAGGUUAUUUUCUUGAAUAAUAAAAUGGAAAGAACACUCCAUUAAUCAUUUUGUUGUUCUUAUGAUGAUAGUAGUUGUUGUUAAGAUUGCAGAGGACUGAAUGGAAGAAAGACUAUUUAGCAUGC